AAUUCAUAUUGCUGCUGCAAAAGUGUUAGCUUAGUUGCGCAUGGAAGCUGUCACGAACAGUGUAUUCAAGCUGCGAUGUCACCCAGAGGGUAAUUGUUCAGCGAAGAGCUUUGAGGAGAUUUAGGAUUUGGAGUGUAUUAGCGAAGAUUGAGGGAGAGGGAGAAUCUGCAGGAGGGAGUCGCGAAAGAAAGAAAGAAAGCAAAAAAAAAACAAUGCACAUGCAAAAGAAAGAGGGACAGCGUGAGAACAAAGGAACAAAGAGGUAAGGGAGAUAUACGUGAAUAAAAUAUGUCAAUGCUGUAGAGCGAUAGCAAAAGAACGAGUGUAAAGUGGAUCGGCAGAAACUGGGUCGAAGGAGAUACUGUUACUGAGUAGAACGUGGGGGGUUCUGGGCGCGAGAGUCUGCUGGAUCAAAAUGUCACUCAUCCCCCUCUCCGGGACACAACACACCAACGGGGAGCCUGGUGACAACAGCCAUGGACCCUUUCAGUGACGCUUUGGUGGCCAUCAGCGUGAGCACAGAACUCAUUGAAGAGGAGCUGAGACCCCAUUUGGACACUCUGCUGAGCGCUCUACAGGAAAAACAGGAGGGGGCUGCCAGGCAGAUCGCAGACAGUGGGAUUCUGCCCUCACUGGCUCACAUUCUGAGAAGGACCAACCUGAAGCUGAAGGCCAUCCUGAUAGUGUCCGAGCUGGCUGGAGAUGGCCUCCUGCAGGACCAGCUGAUCCGGAAUGGGGCCGUACCUUCGCUGGCGGCCAUCUUGCAGAAGUACUCACAGAACGAGGCCCUGGUGAGCGCAUGCCUGUUCGCCCUCUGCGGCCUGGCUGACAUGAGCGAGGAGGACAGCUCGGGGCUGACCUGGGAGGAGCUGAGCCGCGUCAGCCAGGGGGAGCUGGCCUACCGGGGCGCCCACAGGCACCCCUUCGGCUUCUCCUCCAAAGUGACCGUGGUGAGGCUCAACCAGCGGUCGGGCAACCAGCACUCGGUCACGGUCGAGGUGGUGCACCGCUGCUCCCGGGCCCUGUGGGGCGCCUACGUCGCACAGCGGACCGGCAGGCGCUUCAGGCCUGCCCCGUUCGAGGCCUGUCCCCAGUUUCACCGGAUCAUAAAGUUUGGGGUCCGGAACAUUCCGAAAACCCAAAGCCUGAAGUCCAGGGUGUUCCACACUUUCUUGUGAAGCAGCACCGAAAGGCUGAGUGCCAGGUCAAAGGAAGGGGUGGACCUGACAGGGGCAGUUGGAGGAGUGGAGGGAUGACUUCAAGGGGACAAGAGAACUACCCAUCUUUUGAUUUCUUUCAAGCCUGGAUUUAUCACAGUUCCAAAUGAUAGAUUCAGUGUUUUGCAGUGUACCAACUAUUCAAUUUUACACCUCAGUAAGGAAAAAAUAAUGGCAUAAAACCCUAACCUAACACUAUAAGCUAAGGUUGUUUGCCUAGACUGUUCAGAUACCAUGAAAAGCAGAUUCAGACCGGCUAGAAACAGAUCCUACUGCAGGCUAUGUAAUCUUCCCUUUCCAGUAAAGACAUUGAGAGAAAAAAAAAACAAACAAUAAAUUAAAGUGAAUAUAAAGGACAAAAGUGUUUGAGACAAAAUUAUGUCCUUGCCAAAUGUGGGCCUGUUACAGUAUAACACAAUCAGUUUAUAAGUGCACUACCUGUAUACAGCAUUCGAGAUUUGCUAUCCAUGGUCUGUAUUAGCAUCAUAUGCCCAUUAGCACCACCUAUUGGGAAGUAUUAUUGAUUACCGAGUACAACAUCCUAGAGUGGAAAAGAUUUUUCUCAUCAGUUAAAGUUCUCAUGUGCAUCUUGACAUCACGAUGAAUGGACAUUAGUUUAUUUUUAUUAUUUCCCUAGAACAGAUUUCUGCCAGAGGCCUUUUCAAAGAAACGGUUUGCUUUCGAAUUUGAGAAAGUUUUCGCAACUCUUUGCUGAAAGGGGAUCCACACCCUGCUCCAGUGCCAGUACCAAGUCUUGCAUUGUAAAUUAACUUAUUUCAUCAAGUUAAAAUCGGGCAACCAAACUGUUUUCAAACUGUUUUAAUAGCUUAUUAAUAGUAAUGCAUUCAUGUCCUUACUGAGGUCAGUAGAAAUAAUCACUUUAUUCAAUGAAAGUGUUUAAUAUUCAUGUUUAUAAUAGUGUGUGCGUUUGUGUGUGUGCACAUGCGUUUGUGUACUUACAAAGAACAAUUAAUGUAUUGGUUCAAGGGG